AUGAAAUUAAAGAAAUUAUCAUCUCAAAAAGAGAAUUCCAAAUAAGAAUAAAAAAAAAGUAUAAUGAAUUUAUAAAAUAGUGAGAAGAGGAUUCAAAGCAUGUAAAUAAUGUGGAGUCUAACUUCACAUUCAUUAAAAAAUUUGUAAAAAUUGUAAUCAUGAGAAUACAUUUAUUAAUAAAGAUUCACAUAAAUAAUCUAAAAAUAAUACUAUAGAUUUUUAUAAGUAGAUAAAUGAAAAUAAAGCUGAGUGUAAUUUUUAAAAAUUUAAUUAUAGAAAAUAUUGAAAAAAAAAAAUUAAAAAAGAUUCCUCAGAAACUUAUGGCACGUAUUCAUGUAUUUAAGAAAUCCUUUUUAUAUAAUAAUGAAAGUAAUUUAGAUAAAAACCUAUUAAAAACUUUCUAAAAUAAUUCAAUUAAUUAAGACAAUAUUGAUUUAACAUAAAGAUGUGAAUUUAAAUUAAACAAAAAACAAAUAAUUGUUGAUUCUGUAGCUGUUGAAAGUGGUCAAUUUUUCAAAUUAGAAAAGGGUUAUUUACUGUAUUUUGGUUAUUCUUUAAUUAAUAUAGUAAUAAAUAAAGGUGUAAUUAUAGCAAGUAUCUAAAUGAAUUUAUAUGAGAAUCAAUAGUUUAGUUAAUUACAUUUAUAUGGUAAGUCUUAUAAUGGCGUAGGAUUAUUGGCAAUAAUAUAGAAAUAAAAAAUUCGAUAUAUGCAUCAUGAGGAAGGUGCAAUUAGUUAAAUUAAAUUCUAUCCAUAAUCUAUAACAACAAUUGGAACUAUUAAUGCAAAUGGUAGUUUUACCUAUCUUUCUUUGUUAAAUACAUUCUCAGAUGAAUUGAAAAUAAUAUGUAAGAUUGAAAUUCCUGAUUAAAUUUUGAAUUGUUUUGAUUGGUGUCCCAGUAUUGAAUCUAAAAUAUCUAUUGGAGAUCAAGAGGGAAACAUUUAUAUCAUUGAAAUAUAGGGUGAAAAUUAUAAAAUCAUAAAUUUUCUUGAAUCAUACCACAUGGGAAUAAUAAAAGAUCUUUAGUAUUAUAUUCAUAAUGAUAACAACUCUCCUUUAUUAUUAAGUGGUGGGUAUGAUGGGAAUAUUAAAAUAAUUAAUCCUUCUAACUCUCAAGAGAUAUUUAACAGACAUAUUACAUCUAAGGGAAUCUCAUAAGUAAAAUGGGAUAAUGGUGGUAAAUUUAUAUUAUGUAUCAACGAUGAUCCAAAUUAAAAAGCUCUCAUGUUCUGUUUCUUUUCUACAAUUAAGAAAAAUUCCAUUCAAGUAUUAUAAAAUGUUGAAAAAAGACUAAUUUAACCAUUAACUGGUGAUGAUGAGACUCAAGUAAAUUUAUUUUAUAUGUAGACUUGUGCAUUUAAUCCUUACCAUCAUAAAAUAUACUUUGCCUCAUAAAAUGGUACAAUUUAUGGAGCUGAUAUAGAAUAAAUUAGAAAGUAAGCCAUAAAAAAAGAGAAAAAAUAAACUUAUCAAUCUACAAUAGUUCAUUUUGGUUAAGUUCUUUUAGAAAAUAACACAAUUUCAUAUAUUACUUAAAAAAAUUCAGUAAAUUAUAAAUAAACAAUCUAAGUAUAUUUUACAUACAUUUUAGUAAUAUGAUUGGAGUUAAGGUUAUCAUUUUAUAGAUAUAGAUGAAUAAGGAAAUUUAAUCUUAGGAAACAUUCUUGGAGUAUUAAUUAUGUUAUGA